CGGUUCUCAAGCGCACCCUCGCCCGUGAUACAUUACAGUUUAAAUCGGAACAAUUUCCGUAGGAUUCUACACCUCUCAAAAAAGAAGAAAAUCGUGCAUAUAUCUGUAAAGCCCUGGACCGAUUCAGCAAGACUUUCUAUGAUGGCAUUAUUUGUUCAAAACAUCAGCAACUUUAGCCUAGAAAUGGAGACGCAGCAGGACCUGCACAGAAACGAGAGCCUUGCCUACAUUGAAGUCGCGCUUCUGUGCGUGAUAUUCUUGUGCGCUUUGGGUUUAAAUUCGGGGAUCCUCGUUAUCCUCUGGAAGAGACGAAAGCAGGUUUCCAGAAUGCGCGUUUUUGUGCUACACCUUUGCUUGGCAGAUCUCGUGGUGGCUUUUUUCCAAGUUUUUCCACAACUUUUUUGGGACAUAACAGACAGAUUUGUUGGCCCCGACGUGGUGUGCAGGCUGGUAAAGUAUUUGCAGAUUGUAGGCAUGUUUGCUUCGACAUACAUGAUUGUGGUGAUGACCCUGGACCGCUACCAGGCGAUAUGCAAACCCAUGGUGACUUUCCAAAGAAAGAGAGCCCGCUGGAACGCCCCGGUUUGCGUGGCUUGGGGCAUCUCUUUGGUCGGAAGCCUCCCUCAGAUUUUCAUAUUUUCCAAGGUUGAAGUUUCACCGGGAGUGUUUGACUGUUGGGCUCAGUUUAUAGAGCCGUGGGGACUGAAAGCGUAUGUGACGUGGAUAACACUGGUAAUUUUCAUUUUUCCUAUCCUUACCGUGAUAGUCUGCCAGGUGCGAAUCUGCCGCGCUAUCCAGAUAAACCUGUACACAAAGACGCACCAGCACAAAGAGAACGCCGCUAAGACACCCCUUCCUUCAAGGGCUAGCAGCAUCACAGGAGUGUCUAAAGCUAGAAUCAAGACUGUGAAAAUGACAGUGGUGAUUGUAAUGGCUUACAUCUUCUGCUGGGCGCCGUUCUUCAUCGUACAGCUGUGGUCUGUCUGGGAUGAAAAUGCCCCCACCGAAACUGCUACAUUUACCAUCUUAAUGCUGCUGGCAAACCUGAACAGCUGCACGAACCCCUGCAUCUACCUGCUCUUCAGCGGCCCGCUGCCCAGGAGACUAGCCACCCUGCUCUGCACAGGACGCCCCGGUCUGAAGGAGUCGGUGCCGGAAGAAAAUACUGUCAUCAGCACCCUCUACCUGAGCCCCAGGAGCCUCUCCGACUCACGAUAGAUGGCCUUUUCUUUAAGGGAAGCUGUAUAUAGUAUCAUUAUUUUAAAUGCACAGUCAGACCUACAACGUUUGAAUUGCAAAGGACCUACUUCAAAUACAGAGAUUUUAGAUGCUGAAUUUUUUUUUUCUUUCUGAAAUACAACAAGAAUAUAAGAGAUUUGAGAGCAGGUUGUUUUAAGUUUUCUAAUUUAUGUUUUAAGUGAUGUAUAUGUUUACAGUGUGUAGAUUAGUGCAUGCCUGCUAGACUGAACAUACAAUAUACCGUCUUACGUUGAGUGUAACACUUUGUAAACUAGGAUCUGCAAAACUAGUCAAUUUGCCUGCUUAAGUGACUAGGAAUAAACAUCCAAUUGAUAAAUGCUAACAGGGUCCCUUGCUGUGAAUACAGAAACGGACCGAUACAGCAUAGUGACUGUUCUUCAUUCAACAUUAACAAUUAGCCUCAAGCAAGGUAAACGAAAUAAUGUUAUAUAACUUUAGUGAGUGGCGUCUCUUUUAUGAGCUUUGAAAAUACAAAAUGUGUAUGUGCUUAGCCGUCAUUAUUGAGGAAAUGUUACCUUUGAGAAAACAUUGGAUUGUAAAAUAGACAUAGUAUUAUAUUUAAUUUGUAGCACGUUUCAGCUGUGUCGCUUUACUUUGCAGAUUAAUGAUAGAUAAAUCUAACAAAAUAACACAGUGUCCCUACCAGUCAAACAGUGUAAGUCAAACGUUUAAGAAUUAAACAUACCUCGUAGGUAACAGAUUUUAAACACACCUUUGUGUUCAUUUUAAUUAUUUGAGAAUAUACUUUAGACGCACAAAAGACACAAGUGUAACCAAAAUAGACGUAUAUAAAGGUAUUUUAUAAUGAGGUUCUACAGCCAUGCACCCGUGAGACCAUACACUAUGCCUAACCUUCCAGAAAUAACAAACGUUACGUGCUUAGCUAAAUAUCAAACAUAUUUGUUUUUGAGUAGAAAGGCUUUUUAAAAAAAAUCUGUUAAUGUGUUUUUUUUUUUUUUGUUGUUUUUUUUUUAAAUAUCUAUUGUUGCCAAUUUACAACUAGUGGAAUAGCGGUAGCUAUGUAUUCAUGUUUGUUAAACGUAUUUUAAUACAGUUUUCUAUUUUUUCAUUGUGUUUUGUGAAUGUAUUGAGCUAAAAU